AUGCGGACUUGGACAAUAUCCAUUUUUAAAAAGAUAAUUCAUUUUGAAGUUAAGAGAUAUAUGAACACAAUGUCGUCUAAAAGAAUUGCUGUUUGCCAAAUGACCUCAGUUGCAGAUAAAGUGGAAAACAUGAAUGUUGUUAGCAGGUUAAUUACUGAUGCUGCAAAAGAAAAUGUACAGAUGAUUUUCUUUCCGGAAGCCUGCGAUUUUAUAUGUGACAACAAAAAGGAUACAAUAGACUCUGCAGAAUCAAUAUUAACUGGCAACACAGUGAAGAAGUAUAGAGAACUAGCUGCACAGCACAAUGUGUGGUUAUCUAUGGGUGGAGUCCAUGAAAAGGAUGAAGAGAACCCAAAUAAACUAUUUAAUACACAUAUAUUAAUAAAUAACAAUGGCGACAUAGUACAGACAUACAGAAAGCUGCAUUUAUUUGAUGUGGAAAUUCCAGAAAAGAAUGUAAGGUUAAAAGAAAGUGAUUUUUGCACACCAGGCGGCCAUAUUGUCGCACCCGUUGAGAGCCCUGUUGGGAAAAUUGGUCUCGCGAUAUGCUAUGACAUGAGGUUUCCAGAGCUCAGCACCGCUUUGAGUACGAUGGGAGCUGAAAUAAUAACUUACCCGUCAGCUUUCACUUAUGCUACCGGAGAUGCUCAUUGGCAUAUUUUACUAAGAGCUCGUGCAAUAGAAAACCAAUGUUACGUAAUAGCUGCUGCUCAAACAGGCUAUCAUAAUAACAAACGUCGUUCGUACGGACACGCGAUCUGUGUCGAUCCCUGGGGACAAGUUGUAGUGGAUUGUGGGGAUGUAGCACCAAGCUAUAGGAUAGCAGAGCUAACGGAUAGGAUAAAGGAAGUCAGGAGGAAUAUGCCAGUGUUUCAGCAUAAACGGCCAGAUGUCUACUCCCUCUACACACUGAGUAUCCGAAAUACUCUCCUUUCAAGUCACAAAGAGCAAAUUACACCAACCGAGAAUCAAACCCCGUCCCCAAUAGCAGGUCCGACGAAUGUAUUCGGUCACGUGAAAGUGCCAGAAUCCUGUGUAUUUUAUAAAAGCAAAUUGACAUACGCCUUUGUCAAUUUAAGAUGUGUCAUACCAGGUCACGUUCUAGUAGCUCCUAUACGAUUGGCAAGAAGAAAUAAAGAUCUUACUGACGAGGAGGCAGAAGAUUUCUACAAAACCGUUCGUUUGGUGCAAAAUUUAAUGGAGAGAGUGCACAGCGCAGAAUCUUGCACUGUAACAAUACAGGACGGACCUGACGCGGGACAAACAGUGAAGCAUCUGCAUUGUCAUAUAAUGCCAAGGAAAAAAGGGGAUUUCAUUGAAAAUGAUUUGAUUUAUUUGGAACUAGCGAAGCACGACCAAAUAAAAGCAGGUCAUCCAGCAAGACCUGCGCGAAGUUUAGAGGAAAUGGAGAAAGAAGCCGCCAUGCUUCGUGAAGAAUUGAAGAAAAUGUCUGAAGAAAGC